AUUCAUAAUGAACGCAUUGGAAUUUUGUUAGAUAUAAUAUUAUUAAUUAGUAUGAUACUUGUACUAUUGAGUUUAUACGAUGCAAUUUGAUAUACAUAUAAUUGCUGGAAAAGAUAACAAAAUUAGAUAACAGUAUCUAUCCUUAAUGCUGAGAUUUGUUAUAAAAUAAUAAUUGUAGUUCCUAUUUGGAUUAGGUUUUUAUAUUUUUGCAUACGCACGUAGCGAUGUCGUGAUUGUAUCUACACAUGACGCUGUAGAUUUAUUUUCAUUCAUAUUUUUGUAUUCAUGUUUUGAUAUCACAAUUCAGUGCAGCCGCUAGCGAUUACGUACGUGUAUCGAGUUGCAACACGAUGACGUAGUUCGGUUGGUUGCAUCACACCCGCGACGUCACGGGCAACAUUUAUCACGUCUCGAGCUAUAGCCGAUAACGGGUGGGAUAGGCGAAUAUACUGGCCACGACAGGCUACAAUUGCUUAUCGAUCCACGUGCUCGCGGCCUGUUCAAGUUCGUGGUUCGUACGUACGUACAUACCGCGUCGAGACCCCCGCCAGGACUCGACAUUGUAAUUGUAGUGCUCGUAGUCUGGGCGCCAGACUAUGGGGUGGCUUUCAGAUCCUUUUGUGCUCGGCGUGGGUCUCUUCGAGUUAAGAGAACAGAUCGAUUCUCGAGAAUUUCUCACCCUACCUUCAAGUCUGCGAAGCGAAUUUAAAGUUUCCAAUCCAAGUACUUCCAUUUCCAUAGCUCAAUAAAUCAGUGUUUUUUCUUAGACGUACGUUUGCAUUAAUUUAGACAAGAUGAAAUUCGUGUUUUAUUCUUUUAUAUUUAAAAGGCGUAUUUUCCUUGAGACAAACGUGGCUCUUUUUUAAAAAAUAGUGAUUUGUUUACAGAAUCGUUCAUAACAUCGUAUAAAACUGAGAGAUCUCAGUCUCUGUCUAUAUUCUCAGGGCGAGGGUGGACAUAUGGAUAUGGCUAUGAGUAUGUGUACACACUGUACUCAUUGUCAGCUACCCUCAGCUUCUCGUCAUGCUAGUACCCUCGAGCAUAGCACAGGGUGAAUUUGAUGACUCAGGCUGCUUUACGCGAGGAAUGAGAUUACGUCCCAUCUCUCCACAUCUAUGGGGAUCAUAGUAGCGAAGGAGACAAAUAAACGUCUUGAUGUUGAAGUAGCGAAGCUACGCUCGAGGGAACUUUCGCAAAGUGAAUGUGUCUACGUUCGCCAUUUGAACAAAACGAUUUCAGUUUGCAAGUAUCUCUCCUAUCUAUUAAAUUAUCUAAAAUCUUCAAAGCUGCUUGUUUUUAUUAAACUUAUUUUAAGAUAAGGACAAUCUUUUGAUCAGUCGUUGAUUUAAUUUUUUAAUUCAAUGUCUGGAGUAGUCUGAGUUAUAGGAAUUUGAUAUCUUAGCGUGAAACAUCCCCUAAAUCAUUCUAUAGCAAGAAUAUUUUACUGACAUUCUAUUUCGAUAAGAUUCUGAUUACGCGUGAUCUCAUAAGAAAGUGUCAGGUUUCCAGGAUUUGUGUAGAAAGCGUGACCGAAAUGAAACGCGACGACAUGAAUGAAUAAUGAAAAAUAGUCGCGAGAAAAUCGAAUUUAUCGAUUGCGAACUGCAGGUUCUCCCGAUGGUAAUAUCAAUCCUCGACUUUACCCGUAGCCUGUGCCGUGACAUAAGUAUCAUUCUUGUAAUUGACAAGUACUUUAUACUCGUGUAUGCACUGGGACAAAAAAUUAAGGACGCUAUAUAUUAUAAUAUAAAAAAUUCAUUAGCUCUUCAAUUAAAUUCUAUAAGUAGGCAUUUAUUGUACGUAUGGACAUAAGAAAAAUCCAGGAAAUUAUACGUAUUUAUUAAAUAUAAUUUUACAUAAACAAGACAAUAUGCUUAGAAUUCAUGACUAAUAAAGAUUUAAAUCCGAGACAAGGUGCAUACACAGAUAAGUAUAUUCAUACACGUAAUGUGACUGGCUGAUAAACCUGAUAUGAUAUAAGCGUCUGUCAGUGGUGGCUAAUAUCUUAUUUAUUGUUGAUGGUCACUGGUCGGUAGGAGUACGAUUGCGUUGAUUGUCAGCCGCAUGGAGCGGAUUCGGGUUGAAUUGCGCGUUCGCUGGCCCCAGAGCCGGACGCUGGAUGCCGCGGCUGGAGUUAGUCGUUGACGGGACGGCGAACCGAGUGGUUCGCAGUGUCGGUACGUCCGUUGUUGAUGUAGCAUGGUCGCGUGACUCGGUUCCUAUCCUGUUCGGUCUCCUUCGACGACCACCUGCGCACCGUUCGCCAGCCGUCAUCUGGCUUUUCGUUUUCGGCGACCAACGUUCUUGCUCUCGCGUGCCGCUCGCACGUGUUUGUGUGUACGUAUUAUACGCGCGUGUAUUGGGAUGAGAGAAAGGUACGAGGGCAGGUGUUGAGGUAGGUAUACUGCCUACCUAGCCGGGAUCCGAGUCGUGUUUUCUUCGGGUUCUUUGGACCACGUCCAGUGCCUUCGUUUUCUUUGUUCGAUCAUACCGUCUCGUUCAGGAGGAAGAAACACCGUGCUUGGAUGGACAGAGAGUCAGGUCAAAUGAAUCACGAGACGAACUGCACGCUUGCACAGGCAGAAUCGAAAUCGAAGCGCCGAGCGAAGAAGGGGAAGUUCCGCUGACAUCCACACGUGGAUGCUGUGGCCCGUGUUGGGGGAUGACGGGCUGAGCCCAACGUCGCCCCCGGCCGCGGCGUCGGCCAGUCUCAAGGGGGUGAACAAACUGGCGCCCCUGCUGCUCUGCGCCCCCUGCAAGCCCACCAGCCACAGGAAGAACCAGAAUUCCACGCAGUGGUACGUGCAGCAGCCCACGUGGCGUUUAUGGGGCGAGGAAAGGGGCGACGGCGUCAUAUACACGGUGUACCUGAAGAAGGUCCGCUACCACAGGCCUACCAGAAGCCUCUCUGCGUCGGAUUCGGACGACGAAAUUUCGCAUUUGGAAUGGGAGACGGUGCGAGUUCGUUUCUUGAAGGCGGGCACGGUGCAGCGGUUGGUAGAGAGUCUGGCGAACGACGACGGGGAGCUCGAGUCGACGUACAUAAACGUCUUCUUGGCAACGUAUCGCGCGUUCACGACGCCGCGGGAGGUGCUGGAGUUAUUGUUAGCGAGGUACGAUGCUCUCGACGAGACUUCCGGUGGCGCCCUGACAGGUGAGCAGCACCGAAAGACAUUGGUGCAAGCGCUUCACGUAUGGCUGGACGCGUAUCCCGGCGAUUGGAAGUCGCCGCCGAAUCACCCCCUGCUCACCAGGCUCUUGGACUUUACGCAUCGACGGCUUCCUGGCUCGGAGCUCGAGCUCAAGGCAAGGCAUCGCUUGCACAGGUUUCAGCGUGAAGAUCAGAUAGAUUCCUGUAUGGUAUACGACAAUGGUCGAUUACCACGUGGUUCUCCGGAUCCGAUCGCGGAUCACUGGGCGAACUAUAGUUUCCCCGAGGUUCCGCACCGGCACUUCGCCGAGCAGUUGACCCGCAUGGACGCCGAAGUGUUCAAGAAGUUGGUGGCCCAUCAAUGUCUAGGUGCUGUCUGGUCGAGACGGGAUCGUUCGAGGAGUCACGACGCUGCUACCGUAUUGGCCACCGUGAACCAGUUCAAUGCCGUGUCGCUUCGUGUGAUAUCGACAAUACUUAAGGAUACGGCGUUGAAAUCACAAGAACGCGCGAGAAUCCUCGAGACGUGGAUCGAUAUUGCUCAAGAACUGCGAGUGCUGAAGAACUUCAGCAGUUUGAAGGCCAUCGUGUCCGGUCUUCAGAGCAACCCGGUUUACAGGCUGGAAAAGUGUUGGCAGUGUAUGCCGAGGGAGAAGCACGAAUUGUUCAGGGAACUGGAGAGGAUCUUCUCGGAGGAGAACAACGCGUGGACGCAGCGAGAGCUUUUAAUUAAAGAGGGCACGGCCAAGUUUGCGGACACCGCUGGUAGGAGCGACAGGCAUUUACAGAAGUUGUUCCAGAAACAGAAUACUCAUGCGGGAAAUAUUAGUUACGGCACGAUACCUUAUCUGGGAACCUUCUUAACGGAUCUCACCAUGAUAGACACCGCGAUACCGGACACCAUAGCCGAGGGUCUGAUCAACUUCGAUAAACGUCGAAAAGAGUUCGAGGUUCUCGCCAGGAUAAGGUUGUUGCAGGGUGCCGCGAACGCGUACAACUUUAACACGGAUCCGUUGUUCGAUCGUUGGUUUCAUUCCGUGGUAGUGUUGGACGAUCGCGAGGCGUAUAAGCUCAGCUGCCAAAUCGAGCCGCCGCCGCCGGGUAACACUUUGAACACGCGCGGGAAGAAGAAGCAGUGUCAUCAGGGUCACCGCAAAAACGACUCAAUAGCGUCCACGUCGAGUUCGAGCAGCUCCCAAUUUUACUGCGACCUGGAUUCGCUACCGAGCUCGCCGCACAACUCUCUCGAUCGGCGCACUUCACCGUCCCAGAUGUCCAGCUCUUCCUCUAGCUCGUCUUUGCCAUCAUUGGACGUGUCCCUCAGUUCCGGUGGUGGGAGCGGGGCGACGGGCAAUCAGCACAAUCGUCUAGCGCCGCCUGCGCCGGUGAACACCGCCGCGAUCAGUAACGGGAACGGCCCGAGUCUCGUCGGUCUGUCUAGCCCGAGCCACUCGCACAAGAGUUCACCCGAUUUUUAUAUAAUCAAGGUCACGAUGGAGACCGACAAAGUGGAGACCGAAGGUGUGGUGCUGUACAAGUCUAUUAUGCUCUCGAACAAUGAAAGGACGCCUCAAGUGAUACGUAACGCGAUGCUCAAACUCGGAAUUGAAGGCAGUCCUGAUCAGUACACGUUGGCUCAAGUACUACCGGAUCGUGAGAUGGUAUUGCCAAACUCGGCGAACGUUUACUACGCCGUCAACACUGCGCAUAAUUUAAAUUUUAUUCUAAGACCCAGAAAAGACCCUAACGAUAGCGCCACGGAAAGUCCUAAGAGCAAGUCGAGCCACAAGCGGUAGUGUUCACCGUUAAGAGGAUUAGACUUGAGCGAUCCUUUCCAGUAAUUUAUCGCGUUACGCCAGGAUCAGCUGUCGUUAUGUUGAUGUGCGAAAUUUUGCAAGAUAAAUCAAUGCUCGGCUGCGAAACUGAAGAAUCUCAUUAGGUUUGAAUUUAUUUUCCUUUUGCAUAUAAUUACCAAUGUUCGUUAUGUCGCGAAGUAUUUUUUUUCUCUAGCGAUAUAAUUUCGAAUGGCGUUGAAUUCAAGAUGCAGUACGAUCGUGUUUUCAUCUAUGUAUUUUUUUCACUCAUCGUACACUCGCGUUAACAUGACGUUAUUCUCACGGACGUACUCGGACAUACGACGCUAGCGUAAAUGGCGUGGUUCACGGGCUAAUUGUACAUAGUUUGAUAGAUAAUGUUUAGGAUUGGGCGCACACGUGAAUCGAACAAAAACGAAUCGCGAUUGAAAGGUAGCUUGCAAGGUGCGUGAAAAAUUUAGGAUUCGUGUGUAUGUAUGCGUGCGUGUUCGUGCAUCUUGUGUGUGCAUAUAAUUAUCGUAAUUUAUACAAUUCCUUGCGGAUUCCAAGAGAUUAUACGCAACCAUACACAUGCGACGCGUUAAGUGUAUUAUUCGCAGGGAUCAUUGUGAUUUUGUACAUAAGUUUAGUUUUCGUAGUGUGGCUUCGUUCGAUCGGCCGCGAGAAUCAAAGUGGACCUAAAUGAAACGAUUGUCAAUUAAUUUUUUCUAAUUGAAAAAGAAAUGGAAGAAAAAAUAAUAAUAGUCGAGGUUGAGAAACUUGUUCUGGCAACUAUUCGUCCAUUCCGUGAUUCGUUUUUUCUAGCUAUGCAUCUCGUGAAAAUGGUGCGCGGAUGAGGAAAAUUAAAAAUUCUGUGAUACAUAUUGGAAUCUCACGUUUUGGCUUUGAACUUAAAAAAAAACUUUCGAAAUCCAGCAUACUUUAAAGAAGAAUUAAUAUACCUAAUAUUACACGGUACUUCAAUAUCGAGAGUAGGUUCAUCUUGCAAUUAGAAUUUGUGUGUGAACGUACGUUGAUAUAUUUUUACAAAGACCUGCAUGCAUUUCUUAAAUAGGACAAAGGAUAAAGAGCACAGAAUAAAAAAAAGAAAAAAAUAAUUUAAGGAUCCAGACACGUCGAGGCCGUUCGUAAAUAUUUGUCGCGUCGACGUGUUUGAAUCCUGAUGCUUGAACGCAUCGUUUAGCUUAAGCAAUUUUGUACUUACCUCUUAUCGACCCCGAUUUUCCAGGAACUGUAACUAUUUAAUUAUAUGUGUUCGUGUACGCGUCGAAGUUCGUACAAGUUACGUGUAAUGCGAGUCGAUAAAAGUGAGAAUAGAUGGCCCACAAUUUUA